CUCCCCACUCUUAGUUAAUGACAAGGAUCAUGUCUGCUAUUUCAAAAGUUAUUGGUACUCAUAGCGGUCACUUUCAUUGUGACGAAGCUCUUGCUGUUUGGAUGUUGAAGCAAACUUCUGCUUUUAGUCAAGCCAGUUUGGUGCGUACUCGUGAUCCUGCCAAGUUAGCCGAAUGUUCUGUUGUCGUGGAUGUUGGUGGAGUCUAUGAUCCUUCUCAACACAAAUAUGACCACCAUCAACGUGGAUUCGCUGAAACUUUUGACGACAAACACAAAACCAAGUUGAGUUCUGCUGGCUUGGUUUACAAGCAUUUUGGUCGCGAAGUCAUCACAAGCAUUGUUGGAGAAACAAAACAUUUAGAUACCAUUUAUCAAAAAACAUACAACGAUUUUAUUGAAUCUUUGGAUGCUCAUGAUAAUGGCAUCAGUGCUUAUCCCAGCAACUUGACUCCAUUGUUCAAAGAAAGUCCUACUAGUUUGGCUUCUCGUGUUGGACAAAAGAACCCUUCAUGGAAUGAAACCUUAUCUGAUUCAGAAAUUGAUGCUCGAUUUGUUGAAGCUUCAGAUAUGGCUGGUAGCGAAUUAUCAAGAUACGUUGAAAAUUUGGUAUCAUCAUGGUUACCUGCUCGUACAUUAGUAGUAGAAGCUUUGGAUCGUCGUCAAGAAGUACAUGGAUCUGGCCAAGUGAUUGCUUUGGAACGUAGCUGCCCUUGGAAGGAACAUUUGAUGGAUUUGGAAAAGGAACAAGGUUUGAAAGAUUCUCCUAUUCUUUAUGUUUUGUAUCCUGAAUCAUCUGUUGAUGGUAAUUGGCGCAUUCAAUGUGUUCCUACUCGUCCUGAAGGAUUUGAAAAUAGAAAGAGUUUACCUGAAGCUUGGAGAGGAUACCGGGAUCAAGAAUUAAGUCAAAUCUCCAAGAUCGAAGGUUGUAUCUUUGUGCAUGCUGGAGGAUUCAUUGGUGGCAACAAGAGCCGACAUGGUGUAUAUGAAAUGGCUCGUGUCGCUGUAGAAGCUUAGAUUUUAUAGUUUAUUGCAUUACACUUUUUUUUUUUGUUUUGUUUUAUUUUAUUUAUUUUACACCUCAUUAAAAUGAUGAUAUACUUGUUGUGAUUGGUGAUUUCAAGUUUAC